AGGGCAGGAGUUAAUGGUGAGUUGCAACAUCUCUCUGGCUGAGUCACCUCCCACUGUCCCCCCAACCCCCAUUCUCCACAGUUGAAGGCUUAUAAAGAGGAUCAGAGGCUGACAGCAAAGACCUGGAGGAUUACCUGUUGCAGUAUGGGUAUCUACAGAAACCUCUAGAAGGAGCUGAUGACUUCAGGUUGGAAGAUAUCACAGAGGCUUUAAGAACUUUCCAGGAAGUAUCUGGACUGCCCGUUUCCGGUCAGAUGGAUGAUGCCACAAGGGCCCGUAUGAAGCAGCCCCGUUGUGGUCUGGAGGAUCCCUUCAACCAGAAAUCUCUUAAAUACCUGCUUCUGGGCCACUGGAGAAAGAAGAACUUGACAUUCCGCAUCUUCAAUGUGCCCUCCACCCUCUCACUUCCCAGAGUCCGAGCAGCCCUGCAUCAAGCCUUUAAGUACUGGAGCAGCGUGGCUCCUCUGACCUUCCGGGAGGUGAAAGCUGGUUGGGCUGACAUUCGCCUUUCUUUCCAUGGCCGCCAAAGCCCGUAUUGCUCCAAUACCUUUGAUGGGCCUGGAAAGGUCCUGGCCCAUGCUGACAUCCCAGAGCUUGGGAGUGUACACUUUGAUAAAGAUGAACUCUGGACUGAGGGGACCUACCAAGGAGUGAACCUGCGCAUCAUUGCGGCCCAUGAAGUGGGCCAUGCCCUGGGACUUGGGCACUCCCGAUAUACCCAGGCACUCAUGGCUCCUGUCUAUGCUGGCUACCAGCCUUUCUUCAAGCUGCAUCCAGAUGAUGUGGCAGGGAUCCAGGCUCUCUAUGGCAAGAGGAGCCCGGAGACAAGAGAUGAGGAGGAAGAGACCGAGAUGCUCACUGUGUCUCCAGUGACUGCAAAACCUGGUCCCAUGCCAAACCCCUGCAGUGGUGAGGUGGAUGCCAUGAUGCUGGGGCCUCGUGGGAAGACCUAUGCUUUCAAGGGCGACUAUGUGUGGACUGUAACAGAUUCAGGGCCAGGCCCCUUGUUCCAAAUAUCUGCCCUUUGGGAGGGGCUUUCUGGAAACCUAGAUGCUGCCGUUUACUCUCCCCGGACACGACGGACUCAUUUCUUCAAGGGAAACAAGGUGUGGCGGUAUGUGGAUUUCAAGAUGUCUCCUGGCUUUCCCAUGAAAUUCAACAGAGUAGAACCCAACCUGGAUGCAGCUCUCUACUGGCCUGUUAAUCAAAAGGUGUUCCUGUUUAAGGGCUCAGGAUACUGGCAAUGGGAUGAACUGGCCAGAACUGACCUUAGCCGCUACCCUAAACCAAUCAAGGAACUGUUUACUGGAGUGCCAGACCGACCCUCGGCAGCUAUGAGCUGGCAAGAUGGCCAAGUCUACUUCUUCAAGGGCAAAGAGUAUUGGCGCCUUAACCAGCAACUUCGAGUGGCGAAGGGCUAUCCCAGAAAUACGACACACUGGAUGCACUGUGGUCCUCAGACUCCAGACACUAACUCAUCAACCGGGGACAUUACUCCUUCAACCACAGACACAGUCUUGGGUACCACUCCAUCAACCAUGGGCUCAACCUUGGACAUUCCCUCAGCUACAGACUCUGCCUCCCUCUCAUUCUCUGCUAAUGUCACCCUGCUAGGGGCCUGAGAACUAUUCAGUGGGCACUAGGCCUAAUGUCCCUAGAUACUCCACUUCUGGAUACCACAUUCCUGUGUUCCGAGAAGGUGUCCACUUAAUUCUGAGUCAGUCUCCAAUUCCUGUUUCUUCUUGUCAUAUAGCUGUUUCAAGUGUGACAUAUAGUCUCUGGUAGAGGGAAACUGUCAAUCAGGAGGGUUUUCUUUGUUGUUGUUGUUGGUUUUUUUCUUUUUUUUGACAGUCUCUCUCUACACAGCACUGGCGGUGGUUAUCAGCUAUCCUGAAACUCUGUGUAGAUAUGUAGACCAGGCUGCCUUGAACUCACAGAGAUCCACCUGCCUCUGCCUCCUGAGCGCUGGGAUUAAAGGCCUGUGCUACAUGCCUAGCAUUUUUUUUUUUUUUUUUUUUUUUAGAUUUAAGGCAUGCGUUACCAUGUCCGACUGUCAGCUGGGGCUUUAGCUGACAGGAGGCAGCAGCUAACAGCUGGGUAUUGAAUACCUGGGUUGUGUUCUUCCAACAUAAAGUGCAAAAAAAAUAUCAUGGCCAGUAAACUGAGCUUGGGAUUUGGAGUCCUUGAGCCACCUGACUAUGUGCGGCUUUGGCUAGCUAAUUAAUCCUGUCAAACCUUGGAUUCCCUAUUAACAAAGUAAGGCUAAUAUCAAUGUUACAGGAUUGUUAUAUUAGAUGAAAAUACUGUAUGUGAAGUAUCUGACAGACUCUGGAACAUUUGUGUUUAGGUAAAGGCUAGCUUCAUGUUCCUGGGAGAGAACUGAGUUGUCUGGGUAUAUUCAUGUAUAUGUAUGAUAUGUAUGUGUGCAUUAUAUAUGGUAGUGUAUGCCAUAUAGGUGCCAUAGCAGAUCUUUGCGGCGGGGUGGGGGAGUAGAUUAGCCUUGUUUCGUGGUGCAAAGAAAGUAAAAAGCAGCGAUAGUAGAGACGCAUCUCCCCAGGUAAAUUUUCAAUGUCAUUUUAUUUCCAAAUUCCUUGUUCUUCCUCCCUCUUAUUACAGAUCUGCUGCUCAGGGGAAAGAUAUAUUUUCUUUACUAUGUCUGGGAAACUAGGUAAUAGACCUUGGUCAGGAGGAUCAGAGGAGGGAGAGUUAGAAUGGUCAGUAGCUGGGCCCGAAUUCUGGUUCAGGAGGAAAGCUACUUUAAAAAGACAGAAGGCACUUGGCUACAGUGCAGCUCCAAAGACCAGGCUCCUCUGAGAAAAAGGUCAAGGAGCCAGAUUUUGGAGAGAGGGGAGCUGAGGCAGAUGCUGUGGUCCUCCUCCACUGAGGAGAGGGGGAAAGCAGCAUGGAAGAUGGAGCCCCCCACAGAGGUAGCAGGAUUCACGAGUGUAGGGUCCAAGGAAGAAAGGCCAACCAGAAGUCCAAUCACCCCCGAGUAAGGAGCCGGGGAACUUCUGUGCCAUUCCUCCUGCCAAAAAACUAUCACUGUACCGGUAUGGUGGUGCAUGCCUUUAGUCCUGGUACUGGGGAGGCACAGGCAAGCAGAUCCCUGUGAGUUCAAGGCUAGCCUGGGCUACAAAGUGAGUUGCAGGACAGCCAGGGCUACACAAAGAAGCCCUGUCUUGAGAGACCAAAACCCCAAUCUAACCAAACAAAAACAAAAACAAACCAAAAAACAAAACCCAAACAAAACAGGUUUUUGGGAAUGGGUUGUAGUUCAGAACACUUGCCUAAUAUGGGCAAUGCUCUGGGCUCCACCUCAGCAUUACAGAAAUUAAUAAAAAACUAUUUUGGGCAUACCUCCUUG